GUCACAUUGCUGAAAAAGAAAAAAAUACAACAAUUUCUACACGUUCAUUUUUAAAAAAAGCAAAAAGUUUAAAAAAAUCGAAGUUACCUGGAAAAUAUAGAAAAUGUUGGACAAUUGCUAUGUUUACUUCAAUUAAAGAAAACCUUAUACCUAAUUACAAUUUAAAUGAAGAUAUUGACAUAUUAGAACUAAAAAAUGACUUAAACCCUUUCUUGCAGCUUUGUCUCUGUUGUAUAUGUAAUAAGAUACCACAAACACCAGUUUCAUUAAAAAGAUGCGAACAUUUAUUUUGUUUUUUAUGUAUUGUGGAAAAAAUCAAGUUUAAGUAUCUUGAUGAAACCUUUUGUCCAAAAUGCAAUGAAAAAGUUUUCUAUGAUGAUUUGUUCACAAGUAAGCAAACUGAUUCUCUUCUAAGGAUGCUUACUACUGUUUGUUCUUUUUGCAAUAGUAAAUUUAAUUUAUUGAAAGAGUAUGAAUUAUAUAAGAGUCAUAAAGGCAUUUGUCUUAAAGAGGCAUCAGUUCCUCAAUCGUUUGCAGCAAGUAUUAGUGUCAAUGAUGUUUUUAAGAUAAAUGAAAAUAGUGAUAUUCCAUAUGAGGUAGAAAAAGCUGCGCUUCAUGUCAUUAAGCAAAAGAUGGCUAAAUUUGGAGGAAAGUCAGUAGAAUUUAAAAGUGGAGGACCUAGACCAAUCGUUUUUACACAGACACCAAAAGCUUAUGUUAACAGUGCUCAGGCAGCAGAAUCUACUUUGCGACUUCGUAAUACAAAUAUUUUGAAACAUUUUGAGACUGUAGCUGGCAAUUCAUGCGAUUCAAGUAUAAGUCAAACAAGUAAAUUGUUAUUAUCAUUUGAACCAGAUCAGAGACAGUCAAUAUUAAGUAAUACAAAACUAAAUCACACUAAAAUAAGUGCAAAUGUGGUGGUAGCUAUGAAAACUGAUAUGGGUAUCCCAUGGGAAAAACUUAAAGUAAUGUCUAGAUGGCUCAAAAAAUAUGAUAUAACCACUGCAUCUAAUGCUUCACAAAGAGUUGUAGCUGAAAAUUGGUCGGGAAACAACAUUGUUGAAAAUGCUCCUUUCACAUUUAAAAAGGAACAAAAAGGAAAGAUUGAAAUUAAUGAGGUACCUUAGGGUUAUAUUGCAGAUUUACCAAAGCAUAUUUUUACUCAUCUUGAACAGUUAGAAAGCUGUAACAGUCUUGUGUAUCAUAAGUUUAUUCCACAAAAAGAAAUUAAAAUUAAAAUUGGAGGAGAUUAUGGCGGAGGAAGUUUUAAGAUGUGUUAUCAGGUUGUUAAUACCUUAAAUCCAAAUAGUACAGAAAAUACAAUUGUUUUUAAUAUAUUUGAAUCAAAAGACCUCAGAGUUAAUAUUAAAGUAGGCAUGACAAGGUUUCAAAAACAAAUAGAAGACUUACAAACAAUGAAGUAUAGGGGCAAUAAUAUUAGAGUUUUUAUCUUUGGUGAUUAUGAAUUUCUUUGUGCAUUGUAUGGAAUUUCAGGAGCUUCUGGUAUGCUGUUUUAUUACUUUAUACAAUACAUAUAAAGUAAACACUGUUGUUUGUUCUGUCAUGCAACAGCAAAUGAAAUGAAAGUUUUCAAAAACGAAAGACCUGUUAUAGAACUACGUACGAUUGAAAGCCUUCAAAAUGAUUUUGAAAGAUUUAAGAAAAAUGGUGGCGCAAAGGAAAAUGCUAAAUAUUACAAUAAUGUUAUUACAGAACCAAUUUUAAAAAUACCUCUUGAUCAGGUAAAAUUAGGUUGUCUAUUUUCAGUAGUUUUCUCUGAUGGCUAUUUGUAACAUAAAAUUAAUAUACGUCAAUAAUAAUAAUAUUUUAAUUAUAACUCCUACCUGUGUAUGUACAUAGGUUUCUUUACCAAGUCUGCAUAUUGCUCUUGGUGUAUAUU